ACUAGACAGAAGUAAAAUGUCUAUCCUCAAGUUUUUUUUGUUCCUAUUUUUCUCAAGUGUUUUAACACAUUGUGAAAUUCCCUCGCCGAAGUUGGAACGGUACGUUCCCAUUCUGAGCCCGAAAUUCAGGAUAAUAGGGGGAGACGAAGCUGCACCUCAUUCCUUUCCAUUCAUCGCGGGAUUAGUCAUAAAUGGAAACUCAUUUUGUGCUGGAACUCUUAUAUCUCCUAAUUAUGUCCUUACUGCCGCUCAAUGUGCUUCUCUAGGUGAAGACGUGGAGGUGAUUUUGGGGGCCCACAACAUAACGACCUCCGAAGCCACCCAAGUCCACAUUAAGGCAGACAACACGACAAUCCAUCCGGACUACAACGAAACGUCCUUGCAAAACAACAUAGCCCUUCUGCACCUAGUGAGUGCGCCUACCCUCAACUCCAACAUUCAGGUGGCCACCUUACCGGCCAGAUCUGACGCCGACUCUAGUUACUUUGCUGAAACCGUAGUGGCGGCCGGUUGGGGCUUGUCCCAAGACGGCUCAGAUCCCAGUCAGGCCUUGAGGGAGGUCAGUCUGACCAUUUUGGAUGUUUAUACGUGCAGCGACUACUUCGGUGGUACCAUGGAGUACGUUACUGAGUCGAAUCUUUGCACCUCCGGUUACAGGAACGUGGGCACGUGCAAAGGCGAUCAGGGGGGCCCUCUUGUGCACGACGGCACCCAGAUUGGGGUCGUGUCCAUGGGCAGUGACUUGUGCGAGAUGUGUCUGCCCUCGGUUUACACCAACGUUGGCAAGUUUUUGGACUGGAUUGGGGACAACUCCGAUGUCGUUAUAAAAAAUUAAUAU